UAAGCUUCCAGUUGCUCUGUCCGCAGCCAAUCUAGACACAAGAGAAUAAGGAACGGCCCUAGUAUAACCUAAAUUGAACUUAUCAAUCAAUCGAUUCGACAAUCAUGGAAAGCCAUAACUCACCCCGCCGUCUUCUCUUGGUCAGCGUUCCCCGCACUGCGUCCAAUCUGCUUCUGAAGAUCCUCAACAUCCCCGGCCAACCCAACGCCUUCGCAGCCGAUCGGGGCGGCUAUUUCUUCUACAACGCCUUUCACGCCGUUGCUAAAGACGGUCGCCUCACACAGGCCCCCUCUGAAUGGACCGAUGAAGCGAAACACGAGGUCCAGUCAACCUUCCAAGAAUGCUUCGACCAUCUCGAGGAGACCUGCGCUCUGGCUGAGCGGGAGAACAAGACCAUGUUCGCCAAGGAGCACUCCUUCUGGCUCUCCAACCCCAUGGCCUUCAUGCAAGCUAUACACGGACCCGAGAAGGGCCCUUAUGACUUUUCCACCUUCCACGUCAACGUCCCUAGCACGUAUGGCACGACGAGGACGUUUUCCACCAACAACAAAACCGUCCUUCCGGACGAGUACCUCCGCACAUGGACAAUGGCAUUCAUCAUCCGCCAUCCAGCCAUAGUAUUUCCCUCUUUCUGUCGUGCCAUGAAUAAGAUCUCCGAUAUGGGUGUCAUGGACACCAAGAUACUACCCGGAACUCUACUCACCAACAUGACCCUCCACUGGACCCGGUCACUCUUCGACUGGUCCCUCGAGCAAACCGGCUCAACUCCACUUCUUCUGGACGCCUACGAUGUGGUCCAUAACCCGGAUGCUGUCACCAAGUUCUGUCGAUUGGCAGGACUCGACCCGAGCAAGCUUCAAUUCCAAUGGGAGAGGGGGGUGCAUGCGGAUAGCGUCGCACGACCGAAUGGGGCCUCCCAGGGUGUAUUUGACUGGGAUACAGGAAAGUCGGUUAUGUUGUCGACAUUGAAUGAAUCGUCGGGUGUUAUGAAGAGCAAAGAGCCGGCCGUGGUGGAUAUUCCCACUGAGGUCAAGAAGUGGCAAUUGGAGUUUGGAGAGGACAUGGCGCAGUUGCUCGAGAAGGCGGUCAGUGAUGCGAUGCCGGAUUAUGAGUAUCUUCGAGCGAAGAGAGUGACUGUCUAAAAUAUACUUAGCCGGAGUGGCUAAUUAGUGGGUCUAGUAUAUGUGAAUAGUCCAGAGUAUAUUUUGGUUGACGGCUACAUACAAAGUUGUACAAUGAAUUGGCAUUUGGCAG